AACAUAUUGAGCAUUGUGACAAACCUAAACGUCAAGCACAGCCUUCCAUUAGAAUUUUGUUGUUGAUGUUGUUCACACAGACUUAAAAGUCAAGCUCAGCCUGGCAAAUUCAAAUAUGUUGAUCUGCCAGUGGUAACAUUUCCCAAGACAAAAUAUGGAAUAUUGAGGUGGGCAAUAAUCCCUCAUACCCCUUUAGAUCCCCUUAUUGGACACACUACAAAAAUAAUAAAGAAGUAAUAUAUACUCUAAUAUAGUAUUUGCGCAGUAUUUUUGAACUGAAGUGUAGACAUUUCAUUGAAUGGUAUAUUUAUGCACAUAAUAGUUAUUAGUAUUUACAUACUACAUAGAUUUUAUAUCAUUCGAUAUAAGACGAUUGCAGCAUAUGGACUUAGACACCCACUGCAGUAUUAUCAUAAUAGGAGAUGUUAUAUAAACCUCAAUAACAAUAUCGAAAAUUGUUUUGAUUGUAAAGAAGAUAAAUUAUAAGGACUGUUACAACCAUGUAAACGCAGUAGUCAGAGUAUAGUCUGCACUGGAUUUCCCACGAUAAUCGAGUUAUAUCCACUGGAUUUCCAAGAAAUAUCAGCUUAUGCAGGUUUGAAAUCUAGACAUGUAAAAUAAUGUAGUUUAACUUGAGCUGUUUUUAUAAGUGACAACUAUUUUCUGAGCUAAAGAUGGUUCCAUGGACACCUAUCGGGCAAAGAGGCUGAAAAGUUGAUCUUAGACCGAGGAAAGAAUGGAAGUUUUUUAGUGAGAGAAAGCCAGUCAAAACCCGGUGAUUUCGUUUUAUCUGUCAGAACGGAUGACAAAGUUACCCAUGUGAUGAUCAGGUGUACACCAGACAACAAGUAUGAUGUGGGAGGAGGUGAGCAGUUCAACAGUUUAGCAGAACUAAUAGAACAUUAUAAAAAGAAUCCCAUGGUGGAAACGUCUGGCACAGUUGUUCACCUGAAGCAACCGUUCAAUGCGACAAGAAUAAGUGCUUCAGGGAUACAUAACAGGGUGAAACAGUUACAGAGUGAAAAUGGGCCCAGCGGAUUUGGUAAAGCAGGAUUUUGGGAGGAAUUCGAGAGUUUACAACAACAGGAAUGCAAACACCUCUAUCAAAGAAAAGAAGGAAUUAAGCCAGAAAAUCGCAAUAAGAAUAGAUAUAAGAACAUAUUGCCAUUUGACGACACCCGCGUGAUACUACGUGACGGCGACUCUUCAGUUCCCGGCUCGGACUAUAUCAACGCCAACUACGUGAAAUGGCGACCGGACGAAUGUGGUGGGGGUGGCGGAGGGAGUGGGAGUGAUGGUGAUUCCGGAAAAUGCUACAUCGCCACCCAAGGAUGUCUGCCAUCUACCGUCGGUGAUUUCUGGAGAAUGGUCUGGCAGGAGAACUGCAGAGUGAUCGUGAUGACCACAAAGGAGACUGAACGAGGAAAAAAUAAGUGCGCUAGGUACUGGCCUGACUUGAACUCAUCAAAAGAAUAUGACAAAAUAAAAGUGAAAAAUCUUAUAGAAUCAUCUACACCACAUUAUACGUUAAGAGAAUUUUUAGUUAUUAAGGAAGGAAGCACGAAUGAGCGAAAAGUCUACCACUAUCAUUUUCAGGCGUGGCCGGACCACGGCGUCCCGUCGGAUCCCGGUGUCGUCCUGAACUUCCUGCACGAGGUGAACAAGCGGCAAGAAACGAUACAUCAGGAAACACCUCUCCAACCCCCAGGCGCGAUCCUUGUGCACUGCUCUGCAGGUAUAGGCAGGACAGGUACCUUCAUAGUGAUCGAUAUGAUUUUGGACCAGCUGAAGAGGUACGGCCUCGACUGCGAAAUUGACAUUCAGCGCACAAUACAAAUGGUGAGGUCGCAAAGGUCCGGGAUGGUCCAGACGGAGGCUCAGUACAAGUUCGUCUAUCUAGCCGUCCAACACCAUAUAGAAACUAUCACUGAAAGAAUGAAGGCUGAACAGAAAUCGCUGCAAAUGGGAAGAGAGUACACAAACAUCAGGUACAGUGGCGACAUCGUAUCAGGUUGUAUGUCACCGCCUGCCACGGCAGUCAAUUUCGGAACACCCUCUCCUACUAAUUCCAGGCUGAGUGUGAAUUUGAGGCAACAAGACGUCACCGUCAAAAAAACACCUAGGGUUGUGUCCGAAAUACCUCUUCCAAGACCACCCGACGAGAUUGUGAAACCUACCCUGUACGAGAACAUUCCCGGCACCCCCGUGCCCCCACCACCUCCACGGAAACCUUCGUGACACACCGGACUGCAGUAUAGAAAAAACAACCCCUACUUUACGUACCUUCUCAGUGUGAUGUAAAAAUAAGGCAGAAUGGGAAACUGAACCCGAUCAAUCUGCAGGAGUUUCUCCAAUUACAAAGAUCAUUUACACGUACUUCAUAAUUAAUUUUCAAUCCUUGGUAUUUGGCAGGUUUUCCUCGUAAAUUUCGGAAUUGUAUAAUCAAUCUUUGAGCCUAUGCCAUUUUGUUUCAAAUUAGAACAUGACAUACGUAUUAUUACAAAAGUUUGGACAUCGUGGCUUUAUGUAAUAUAGAAUUUAGUGAGGAUGUUCAAUACCCUAUUCUAUCUCUUGUUUUUGUUUUUUUGGUUAUGUGACUGUAACUUCAAAGUGUUGGAUUUUAUCUUUUAAUUUUUUUAGCUUGAUUAUGUGCUUCAGUCAAUGUAGGCUUCAAAUAAUGUUUUUGAAAUUGUUAAGAACCUGUGAUUUUUAUUAAUCUAAUAAUCGCAUUUAAAGCCAUUGGUGUUUAUGUGAAUGAUAUAACUAUUUUUUCUCGAAUAGAAAACGGAGAAAAUAUAGAAAUUGACUCACGUUUAAAAGUGCCAUUUUUAUCAGUAAACCAUGAUGGAAUUAUUUUACUUUUAUAAUUAUUGUGCGCCCAUAUACAAAAGAAUAAUUCUUUAUUUUAUCUGCUAUUCCCUAAUUUUUUAAUGUCGAGUUGCUACACAGUAAAUUAUUUUCUGUAUGUUAAAAUUUAUUAAGUGAGACGCAGAAGACUCAGAAGUUACAUAAAUAACAUAAUCUGGCUUGUGCCUUGAUAAGUCGUCAGUCAUUCAAACUCCUAAUAUUCUUAACGAAGUUAUCAAAAUACUUAAUACACUAGAUUCACUUAUAUACAAAAUUUUAUUUUCCAUCGUAUGUUAAACCUUUUUGAAGGAAUUUUACAUAAUGUCUAUAUUCAUACAUACAUACAUACAUUCUCCUAAAUUCCAUAAAUAUUUAAUAAUAAUAAAUGAUUUUUAUUUAGGUCGAAGUUUAGCUACAAAAUAGCCAACUAAAUAAUCAUAAAAAACCUAUGACAUGAUAGUAUGCUGUGUUUGUAAUAACAUGUUUUAUACACAUAGUUUUAUAAGUCGGCGUAAAAGUGAAAAAGGGCUGUACGUUUACGGCAACACCUUAUAUUUUUGCAUGAACUUUUUAAUUGCUUUGAAAACAUCUCCACAGAUUUUAUAAAAACCAAAAUGCUAUAGGUGAAACUAUAUAUGGAAAAUGCUCCUAAAGGUAUACAAAUCUGGAUCGAUUCAAAUUAGGGCAUAUUGGGUCAAAUCACCUUAGCCAAAUUUUCAGAUCGAUAGGUCGUCCCAAGGGCCCUUAACCUCAAAAACGUGUUUAGACGAAAAUAAUUUUUUGCGGGAAGUAACGAGAUUAUGUUUUUUGGAUGUUAUAUGAGGUACAUCACAAAAAAACAUGUCACUCAUUUGCGUCGGUCUUUCUGUCUGUUGGUCUGUUCGCUAAUCUUAUAACCGCCUAUAACUUGAGAAGUAUCGUUCUUAUUUCGAUGAAAAGGUUUGUAGUUUGAAAAUCGUUCCAGUGGCGGCAGAGGAACAAGCCUAAAACGAAAAAAGUAACAAUCGGCCAAACUUCUUUUUUGGGCUUUCAGGAGAACUGGUCAUUUAGAAAAAAAAAAUUGAGGCAUAAAAGCUUGGGGGUGAGUGAGGGUUUAUCUCAAUUUUUUGAUGCUGGUACAUUUAUAAGCUCUCAGCAUUGCUGAUUCUAUCACCAUUAGACAUAUUUCACCUCACGUAUGUCUGCCGCGCAACACCAUAGUGUUUUCUAUGCUCUGGCCGCGCUACCACGGUGACACGUCUGCCAGAGUUAGGUAUCGGGACGAUAUUUCCAGAUGCACUAACGGUAGGGUAAGGCAGGGAAAUAAUAUAUAUAGUCUCAUUGUAUGGACAUGUUUGAUUGACUUCCUUUAUGUACUGAAAAGGGCGUUGCGUAGGAAGUGCAGAGUCUUUUUAUUUGUGGCUUGAGAACAACAAUUGUUUUUUCUUUCUCCUAAUUUAUGGUUAGGUAAAGAGAAUUUCGUAAACUUGAAAAUCUACUGUAUAUCAGUAAUUUUUGCGUUUCUUUCAGAUCCACUAACAAAAUUACCUAACCAAAGAUUCGAAAGAAACUUUUAUUUUUUUUUCUCGAACCUAUACGUUCCACAAAUCAAAGAAUUACGGUUAUGAAGGGUAUAACAAUGUAGCUUCGAUAAUAUUUUCAAUUUUAUUCUUGAGAUUAGGGGCUCCUAUCGAUCGAUCGAAAAUUUGGCCAAUGUACUUUGAUUUGGAUUGAUCCAGAUUUGGAUACUUCUUUAUCGAUAGCUAUGCGGUGUAAUUCACACAAAUACAAUCAUCAGAAGUAUUCACUGUGUUGGGCCAUAUGAAGUUGCUCCAUCCAUCUAUUGCCAUGAAUUAGGUUUCAACCAAUGAGCGUUGUUGGAAUGGAAGUCAUGCUAUUUUUUUAAAUAAUCACAGGGCAGCAUGUAAGAACGUAGUUUUACUGUAUCUACAUGACUUUCUUUUCAUACACACACGUAAUAUUCAUUUUUCCAAGAAUUUAUGCAUUGUUUGGCAUCCACCAUGUGCCACCAGAUGUGAAUUCUGUAGUUUAUGACAAAUAUACGUAUUCGGAUCAGCUAACGAGUACACCUGACGAUGGUUCAAAUUCACUUCAAAAUCGGAGAAAUGUAUAUUAUCAAGUACCACUUGAGGGACUCAGUUCUCGAUUCCAGGGAAAAUUAUCUCGCAAAAGAUAUGACAAUAUACGAUUCUGUCUUUGACAAAUAACAUUUUCAAAUCUGACAUAGGGAUGCACAUAAUACUACUAAUUGCAAAACGCCGAGAAUAUUUGUUUUGAAGCCCUUUAUUCUCAAAAUUGAUUUGCUUUUCUAAGAAAUUAACGCAUCGCAAAGAACAAUGCUGCUUAGACAGUUUUUACCCGACCGGCCUCAGAAGGUGGGUUGUCGCGCGUGUGUCCCGGCCAUAUCGUAGAAUUGACUUAUUUCAUGAAAUGAUAGAGAUUGAAACUAGUAACUCUAAGAAAUUAAAAUAAAAUAAUUAUAUUAAAAUAGUUAAUUCACACAACGAGUCACAAAUAAAAUUUUUGAACAUGUUAGAUAUCACAAAUUAAGUUAUUACCUCGCGUGAUCACCUUACUCUACUUUAUAACCUAAAAAUGAAAUAAAUAUUACGACAAGUUUUACGUACGUAAAAUAAUAUGGUAGUUCAAUAGACAAACAAUUUUUAGCUGGCACACGAUUUUGACUUCCAUACCAAGAAUUAUAAUGGAAUUUAAGAGUGAAGUACUAACCUGUGAAACGCGUUCCGAACUUUUUGACUUUUUGAUCGGUACUUGCGUCAUCUGUAUUGACCUCGAGAACUCGAGUACCUUUUUGUCGAAAACUCGCACUUUCUUCCUCAUUUGGUAACGAGUUAUUUGGAUGUCCACUUCUAACACUAAAUUUGUUGUUAUUAACGACUGCCUUGUUGAAAUGUAAACAAAGCGCUGUCUGCACCUCUAUCGGUAAUUAAUGUAAAUAUUUUACGAUUUGAUCAAACACGCACGAUUAGUUGAUCAUACCGUUAAACGAUUUAUUAUCACUGAUCUGGUCAACACACAUCAUGAUCUGGCCAUUAUAUAAUAUACGCAAAUACCGUAAAUUCGCGAGCUUACUGAAGUAGUCGAUCGACAUUUACUAAAAAGUCAUCCAAAUUCAGAUACAAUUUUUUGAUUUACACAAGUGUAUCUUGCGAGUCCGAGUAAUUUAAUCCUCGGUGAACCCGGGGUACUCGGAAAAAUUGGCUGAGUAUGUCGAAUAUCGGGUGCAAACCGAGUACUUUGUGCAUCCCUAAUAUCAUCACAGUAAAAUAUUCACGCCGUUCUUAUUGCGUUUGCCGAAUAUGUCACUCCCUUAAAAACAUCGUUUGCAUAUUUUCCCAUGAGCAAAUUAUCCCGGGAAUCGAGAAGUGGACCCAAGAAGUGUUGUAGGUUAACCAACCCCUAAGAGUGUGUUACCUGAUGCGAAUGUGCAAAUUUUCAUUCCACUCCGUGAACCUGAAAUUCACAAUUUUAGGUACACUAGCAUGGCAAGUGAAUAUAUCUGAUAGAUAAUACAACAAGCAAUUAUUUUAACUAAAAAAAAUUAGGAUAAUGAAAUAUUAACUUAGUAUUAACAGUAGAAGGUUUUUGAAAGUUUUAUUUAAUUUUUAUAUGACAGUUUUAUGGUGUAAUGUUUUCCAUAGUUUGUAUAAAUUUUAUUAUGCAUUUAAAAAAAUGGAAUUCAAAGUGAAUAACUUUUUUAUUAUAAAAUAUAUCAUUUUGUUUCUAUUCAAGACUAGCCGGUGAAUAUUCUCUGCUAAUUUUACGUGGCUUGUUUUUCCAAAGAAUUAUGUUUAAAUUGAGUUGAAUGCAGUGUCGUGUUCUCAUAGAUUGUUAUGUGAUACUGAAAAUACGUAGGAUAUAUUCCUUUGUGAAUAAGGCCCUGGCCCUGUGAUGUGUUACUAUCGUGAUUUUUUAUUGUAUUUCUCUAUUUUAGGUAUUUUUUGCUAAAUUGAAGACGAAUUGUAUUAUUUAAACAUAUACAUAUAUUAAAUGUUUGUAAAUUAUUUGAGAAUAUCGUUUGUAUAAAUGUAAGGUUAUUGUAUACAAUUUUUGACAGUUAUGAAAUAUAUAUAUAUUGGUGC